AUGAUUGAGCAAGACAUCCGCUAUGGUUCUCUCAACUUCACCAAAUACAAUCAAGUAAACAAACGUCUUAAAGAGUUGUUUGUGGACAAAGAUUUGGAUAGAACCUGGUAUGAUUUUGAUGAUAAUAUGACACAGAGUGUUGGAGUAAAAUAG